UUUCUCUCUCUCUCUCUCUCUAUUUAAGACAAGCUAAAGGUGGAACUGUAGAAGCCGAUCUGAAAAGUCUCCGACACACUCUAGGUUAUUUUCCCCUCCUUCUGACCAUGGCGAUGGUAAAAUGCGUACUUUUCACCACUCUCAUGGCCAUACUUGUAAUGACAUCUCAAGGGAGAAGUCAAGCAAGAGAAGAAGAGAAACAAGCUGAGGCAGAUCGGAUUGCAUCACUCCCCGGUCAACCAAACGUCACGUUUGACCAGUUUUCCGGCUAUGUCACCGUCGGUAAACACUCCGGAAGAUCCCUGUUCUAUUGGCUCACCGAAGCUUCUCACCUCCCUCUAUCCAAACCCCUCGUGAUUUGGCUCAAUGGAGGACCGGGUUGUUCGUCGGUAGCGUACGGUGCUUCGGAAGAGAUUGGACCAUUCAGGAUAAGCAAAGGUGGGUCCGGUCUGUAUCUCAACAAAUUCGCGUGGAACUCACUCGCUAAUCUCUUGUUCCUCGAAGCUCCCGCCGGUGUCGGCUUCUCUUACACCAGCAACUCCUCUGAUCUCUUCAACACUGGCGACAUCCGCACCGCCAAAGAUUCACUUCAGUUUCUCAUUAAAUGGCUUCAACGGUUUCCGAGAUACAACCGCCGUGAGAUUUACAUCACCGGCGAGAGUUACGCCGGACAUUACGUUCCUCAGCUCGCUAGAGAAAUCAUGCAUUAUAACAAACGUUCUAAAAAUCCAAUCAAUCUCAAAGGAAUCAUGGUGGGAAACGCCGUGACUGACAAUCACUAUGAUAACCUUGGAACGGUGACGUAUUGGUGGAGCCAUGCGAUGAUCUCUGAUAGGACGUAUCAUCAGCUGAUAAACACUUGCGAUUUUAGUCGACAGACGGAAUCUGAUGAAUGUGAGACUCUUUACUCUUACGCGAUGGAGAAAGAGUUUGGUAACAUCGAUCAGUACAACAUCUAUGCACCGCCGUGUAACAAGUCAAAAGAAGGUGGCGGUGGAGCCACUGGUUCCUCUGAUCGCCGGAGUAUGCAUCUCCCCCACCUUCCUCACUCAGUGUUGAGGAAAAUAUCAGGGUAUGAUCCAUGUACCGAGAGAUAUGCAGAGAUCUAUUAUAACCGGCCUGAUGUUCAGAAAGCUCUUCAUGCUAACACCACCAAGAUUCCCUACAAAUGGACUGCUUGCAGUGAGGUACUAAACCGGAAUUGGAACGACUCAGAUAUAUCGGUUCUACCUAUAUACCGGGAAAUGAUUGCCGGUGGGCUUAGGGUUUGGGUUUUCAGUGGUGAUGUGGAUUCCGUUGUACCAGUGACGGCGACUAGGUACUCAUUAGCAAAGCUUAGUUUGAGUACCAAAGUCCCUUGGUAUCCUUGGUAUGUCAAGAAACAGGUCGGAGGGUGGACGGAAGUGUACGAUGGGCUAACGUUCGUGACGGUGAGAGGAGCAGGCCACGAGGUGCCAUUGCUCAAGCCGCGUUCUGCUUUUGAGAUGUUCAAGUAUUUCUUGACAGGCAAGCCACUUCCAAAGGCUUGAAAAAAAAAAAUCAAGUCAAGAUCAGAGAUUGUAAUAUUCAAAAUUAUGGCGGGAAAAACAAACUAAAUGUAAAGUUUGGGUUAUGAUUUAUGAGUAAUGAGUUUGAAUUAAAGCAAAUCUUAGAGUUAAUGAGUUAGUUGAUAAAGCUUUGAAUGCUUGUCCUUACUAAUAAUAUGACCAUUACUUUGAAAACAAUGAGACAUGC